UCAUAGUUGUAACAUGUUCUAGAAGCCCACUUUAGAAUAGGUCACUUUCCCAGUGAACCGCGCGAGAGAACAUUUGCACCAAGCGAGAACUUGCCGAACUCAAGACGAUGGAAGACACUGGCGCUCGCCAAUCUUUUAACAUCUUCCAACAGUGGAACCGGAUGCUGACCCAGGAGAACGAGACCUUGAAGCAGAAAAUUCAGGAACUGAAGGACAAGCUUCAGCAAGCCGAAGCCAAGAACACGAAAGGUUCAGCCUGUUGCCACAUCAUGCAGGAGCACCAACAGGAGCUGAGCAGCCUGAAGAAGAAACAGGAGGACGUCGUUUCCCGCCUCGACGCCAGCCACAAGUUCGAGCUGCAGCUGGCUGAGCUGAAGCUGGAGCAGGUCCAGAAAGAACUCCAGGAGGAAAGAAACCUCAGCCGGCAAGGCGAGAAUGAGAAACGGGAAGCUGUGGAAAACGCACGGGUGCUUCAGGACAAACUGGAACGUUUGGAGAAGAUGUCCGCAGCGGAUCGGGAAGCGCCCGAAGUCGCGGAGCUGCGGGAAAUGCUUGGAAAAGAAAGAGAGCUAAGAGCCCAAGCGGAAACUGAAAGCAACAAGCAUGUUCAGGCUUUGAGGGUUCUGUCCGAAGAGAAGGACCGAGAAAUCACAAGAGAGCGAGACCUCAGAGCCCGAGUGGAGGAAGACAUACUGGAGGCUGUGGAAAUCGCAGAGAUUGCCCUCCAGAAGCUGGAGGGCCGAGAGGAAGAUUGGGAGAAAGUCAAAGGCGGCAUCCAGCAGCUGGAAGACAUGCUGCAAGAAGAGAGAAAGCUGCGGCACCAGGCUGAAGCCGAGAUCAACGAUCACGUCAAGUCCAUCGCCGUCUUCUGCCAGGAAAUCAACCAGGAAAUCAACAGAGUGCGAGACACGCUGGCCCACACAAAGGCAGGGAAGAAGGAGGCUGUGGAGAUCGCUGAGAUCCUCCUCAAGAAGCUGGAAGAAAUCGAGAACUCGCCCGAGGCGCGUCCGCUCGCGAUCAAGGCGGACGGUUGCGAGAGCCCCAAAUCUGACGUCCAGCUCCAGGAGGCCAAGCGACUCAUGGUCCAGGCAGAGAUGGAAAAAAUCGGGCAGUUCCAAGCGUUGUUCGAAGAGAUGGACCAGAAACUGAAGAAGGAGCAAGAACUUCGAGCUCAAACGGAGGCAGACCGGCAAGAGGCUAUAGAAAUCGCAGAUGUUCUCCUCCAGAAACUGGAAGAGAUUGAGAAAAUAUCAAAGGAGCUCUAAACUCAGCUAUUCUAAUAAAUUUGUUUGUUUUUUUUUGUGUGUGGAAAUGUUAACGUGUUGUCGGAAGUUUAUUGGCACCUCUGUCAUUUGUCUUAUUAUUCAAAAAGCUGAAAGACACAUGAAACAAAAAAAUAAACAAACAAACAAGCAAACACAUAAAUAAAUAAAUAAAAAGAAAACAACCAAAAAAACA